GCCAUAAGACCGUGGAAAGAAGAAGGAGCCGUGUUUGUGCGCAUGCGCGGGGUCAGGGUUGACAGUUUCCAGUCGUGGAAAGAGUGCGGCGGCUAAGCUAAGUGCUACCACCGCAAAACUAGCUACAUGUGGAGGGUAAAACGGGAGCCAUCCCCGACCCUUACUCUGUCAAAACCCCUCCUUUUUUACCCAGAACAACUCUAAAGUUCAGCAUCAUCGAACAUAAGGGAUAAUAUCUGUUUACAAUGAAAGGCCGGAUCGAGCUGGGGGAUGUUACGCCCCACAACAUAAAGCAACUGAAGCGCCUGAACCAGGUCAUCUUCCCUGUCAGCUACAACGACAAGUUUUACAAAGAUGUCCUGGAGGUUGGAGAGCUUGCCAAGCUAGCAUACUUCAAUGACAUUGCAGUGGGAGCUGUGUGCUGCAGAGUGGACCACUCUCAGAACCAGAAGAGACUGUACAUCAUGACGCUCGGCUGUCUAGCACCCUAUCGUAGACUUGGAAUCGGUACAAAGAUGCUGAAUCAUGUGCUAAACAUCUGUGAGAAGGAUGGCACGUUUGACAACAUUUACCUUCAUGUGCAGAUCAGCAACGAGUCAGCCAUCCACUUUUACCAGAAAUUUGGCUUUGAGAUCAUCGAAACGAAAAAGAAUUACUACAAGAGGAUAGAGCCCGCAGACGCCCAUGUGCUGCAGAAGAGUCUGCGCAGCCCAUGUGCCCCCCCCACCGGAGAGCUUCAGAAGGCAGAGUAGGGGCGCAGCGUUUGGAAAGAGCACAAAUGUGCCGCCUCCACAGAAACAGAACUGUGACAAAUGCCCCAGGGUCGACACAUUCAACACUUUCUUCAAAGGACGCUAAAAAGAGAAAACAAAUAUAGUACAAAAAAUGCUGCAUUUAUUUUGCAAAGAGGUCACUCUUUGAUUUUUGAAUAUUUUAUUGCUCCCCUUUCCUCAUACCAGAUAAUUGAACAUGACAAAAAGCUCAGAAUCCAAAAGUGC